AAUAACGAGGUUUUUUCUACGGAUAAAUGGACAAAUUCCGCCAUUUGCAAUAGACCGAGAGCAGAAACCUGACGCGAGUGCAGUAUCUUAAACAUCGUCAUAUUUCGUGCCUGAAGUUUCCAGAAUGUUUGAAAACGCUCGAGAACUCGGGAUUGAGAACGUUGUUCCGUCUUGAUUGAUCAUCCACGUUGGAUUUGUUUGACGAUAAUCUCACGACGUUCUCGAAGAAUUCGAACGGAACCGGCGUUCAAGUUCAAGAUUUUUAACUGUCAACGCAACCUGUCAUUCGAGAAAUUCUUCGGUCAGUCGGGCCGCGAACGUGAACGAGGCAACACUCGGAAUUUAAUUGUCAAGUGAGGUGUCACGGAAACGCGACUUGAACUUUUUGCACUUUCCUAACCGUAGUUCGCGACUUAAUUUCAAAUAUUUCGUACAAAUCGGAAAUUUAUCGUUCGUUUAUCAGCAGACACCAGGAAAAGAUUCGCACAAAAUAGCUCCAUUAAUUUCAUUAAUCUACUAUCAGCGUUCUAGUGCAUACUUAAGUACCACUUAGAAACAUGGCAAAAUGGGGCGAAGGUGAUCCACGUUGGAUUGUAGAAGAGAGGCCUGACGCGACCAACGUGAAUAAUUGGCAUUGGACAGAGAAGAAUGCCUGUGCAUGGUCGCAAGACAAAUUGAAAGAACUUUUCCUAAAUUCGGAAAUCAAGGGAGAUGGAGUUUUGUGUCAAAUAACAGAAAUGGAAAAGUGCGAAGGCGAGGCAGUAGCAAAUAAUAGAAAAGGAAAACUUAUUUUCUUUUAUGAAUGGAAUAUUGUGCUUAAGUGGAAGUCAGAUAAAUCAAGUGAGACAGUUGAGGGUAAAAUUAAUAUACCUAAUCUGUCCGAAGAAAAUGACAUUAGCGAAGUAGAUAUUGAAAUUACAUUAAAAGAUAGUACAGAUGAAGGGGAAAAAGUAAAACAAUUUCUGCAUACAAAGGGAAAGGAUGCAAUAAGAGAAAAAUUGAAACAAUAUGUAUCUUCUUUAAAAGAAGAAUUUACAAAAGGGAUGAUCCUUCCCAAAAAAGAUAUUGUAAAGGAAAAUAUCUCAAGUAUAACAUCUGGUUUUAAUGUCAAAAUGCAGAUGAAUGCUGCAGUGCCGACGAACAAUCAUGAAGUAACAGGAUGUAAAAUCUCGACCACUACAAUUAAGCAAAAUAUUAAGUUUCAAUGCAGAGCGAACGAAUUUUACAAUGUUUUCUCAUCUAUUGAGAUGGUACAAGCUUUUACAAGAAAUCCGGUAAAAUUAGAGGCAAAGAAAAAUGGAAAAUUCGAGCUUUUUGGUGGCAAUAUUCAUGGCGAAUUUCUAGAAAUUACGCCGACGAAGAUUGUCCAAAAAUGGCGCUGCAAACAAUGGCCAUCCGGUCACUUUAGCAAUGUAACAAUCGAUAUUUCCGAGAAGAACGAUCACACCGAGGUCAUUUUAACGCAAACUGGUGUUCCACUUAGCGAGGAGGCCUCUACGAAGGAAAAUUGGGACAGCUUUGUGUUUAUGUGUGUGCGUCGUUAUCGGAUAAACGUUCUUCAAAGUUUUGCUGGUCUGAAAAGAGGAGAGAGAGCCAGCUCGAAAUUCUCGUCUCUCCGUGAUGGAGAAGUAGAUCGCAGGCGCCGCUGCUUCUCUCCGAUGCACCUUGUAUAUAUAUCGACGGGAAAUACCUGGCCGACGACCAUGUGUUACACUCCUGCCGAAUUAGGUUGUACAUACAUCUACCGUUCUCUCUUAAGAGACAUCCCCGACCUAGCUGCCCUCGAUCGCCUCGCCGAUAUACUAUAUAGUCGGCCUCAUCGUCAGGCGUCGAGCAUGCCAUGCGCACUUAACGGGGAGGUAAUCGCGUUGCACACCUGGCGCAACAUGCAUCCUUCCACGCCCUUGCCGCAGCAGCAGCUCGACCGCCUCGCCAGGGAUAUCGAACUGGCCGCAUUCGAUGAGGAAUCUGUCGCAAUUAUGGCAGUUAUCGACGAGAGCAGGACGACGACGGAGGUGGAGGGGAACGAGGAGGAGGAAGACGAGGACGAAGACGAAGAGGCGAAGGAAGAAGAGAAGGGAAGAGACCGCGAGGGUAGCAGGGCGGCCGAGCGAGCGGCGAAGGUGGGCUACUUGCGGAGGAGUGCCCCGAAGAUCGGGGUACCGCCGAGGAUCGCACGAGCGAGCGAGCGAGAGCAGCAUUGGUCGUCGCGGAGGAUAGGUGAAGGAGGACGGAGAAAGAGAGGGAGAGGGCGAGAGAGAGAGAGAGAGAGAGAGAGAAGACAGUCCGUCUCAGACAUGAACGUUACUCCGAUGGUGGAGGUACCCGGCAAUGAGAGCUACAACGUCAGCACCAACGGUCUCGACUGCGGCGGCGAGCCCCACGAGUACGGGAUAUGGGGGCGUGUGUUGAUAGUGACGGUCGCCGUGUUCCUCAGUCUCACUACCGUCCUCGGCAACAUAAUGGUCAUGGUGUCGUUCAAGAUCGACAAGCAGCUGCAGACCAUCUCCAAUUACUUCCUCUUCAGCCUGGCGAUAGCCGACUUUGCGAUCGGCCUAAUCUCCAUGCCUCUCUUCACGCUGUACACGGUCCUCGGUUACUGGCCCCUCGGGCCGAUCGUGUGCGACACGUGGCUGGCCCUCGAUUAUCUCGCGAGCAACGCCUCGGUACUCAAUCUGCUCAUCAUCAGCUUCGACAGGUACUUCUCCGUCACGCGCCCGCUCACCUAUCGGGUCAGGAGGACGACCGCGAAAGCCGCCAUCAUGAUCGCAUCUGCCUGGGGUAUCUCGUUGAUUCUUUGGCCACCCUGGAUCUACGCGUGGCCGUACAUCGAGGGCCAGAGGACCGUGCCACCGAACGCGUGCUACAUCCAGUUCAUCGAGACGAACCACUACAUCACCUUCGGCACCGCCAUCGCCGCCUUUUAUGUUCCUGUCUUCAUAAUGUUAUGUCUCUACUGGCGGAUCUGGAAGGAGACGAAGAAACGGCAGAAGGAUCUGCCCAACUUGCAGGCCGGCAAGCAAGACGCGAGCAAGCGCAGCAACUCGAGCGACGAGGCUUUAGAUAUGGAGGAUUGCAGAAGACAGCGAAGCGAGUCGAGCACCGGCGAAGAAGUCUCGCAUGCCACGCACAUCGCCGUUUCCUACAUUGAUAAGCACUAUCCGCAAUACAAGAGCCACAGGCCGUUCUCCUGGACCUGGCUGAAGAUGUGGUGCAUCGCGUGGUGGCACAGCGGACGAGAGGACGAGGACGACGACGAAGACAUGGCAGGGCCGGAGAGCAGCCGCACCGGACCCGGCUACGAGGACACGCUUACGCCGCUGUCGGCCGAGACGCCGCUUCCCAGCACGGUAUCGCGAUGUCCCUCCCUCAGCGCGAUACAGGCCACGGGAAUCGUCCUGGACAAGUCCGCGAUCCAGCACGAGUACAAAAGGCCGAUACGACCGCCCGAUCUCAAGACUAUCUCCAGCGAUUCCGUUUAUACGAUUCUGAUCAAAUUGCCGAGCAACGGCGGCAAGUACAGCGAGGGACCGAGCAUAAAGAUGAUCCACGACGAGUCUGUGUCGUUCCAGCUGCACAGCAUGAUGGAGGACAGCGAGGACGACGGCGGCGGUGGAGGUAACACUAGCGGCGGCGUCGGCGGCGGCGGCGGCCUCACCGUCGGCAGUGCCGGCAAGGUGUUCCGUCUAGGAGCCGGACCGAGCCCGUCGACGGUCGCGCUGAGGAGGCCGUCGCAGAUGCCGGACAUCAGGAUACCGUUGAACGCGAAGAACAUACCGAAGGUGCUGACGAGCAAGUGCGGCCUGCUGAACAAGCAACCGAACAAGAAGAAGAAGAAGCUGCAGGAGAAGAAGGCGGACAGCAAGGCCGCGAAAACGCUGCUGGCGAUUCUGCUCGCGUUUCUCAUCACGUGGACCCCGUACAACAUCUUGGUACUCGUCAAGUCCCUCACCGCCUGCGAGUGGUACAUACCGCAGCAGCUGUGGGACUUUUUUUAUUAUCUUUGCUACAUCAACAGUACUGUGAAUCCGAUGUGCUACGCGCUGUGCAACGCGGUCUUCCGCAGAACCUAUAUAAGGAUUCUCAAGUGUAAGUGGCACAGCAGGAACCGCGGCACCGCGGUCGUCGACCGGGGAUGAUAUCAGUAACCGAUGCGCAAUUCAAUCUUUUCGCAUCGGUGUCCAAAUCCAAAUCCCCACACCCACGCACACGUACACACACUCACAAUACAUACAUGCGCAAUGCUGCAUUAUUAUUAUCGUUAUUAUUAUUAUAUUGCCGUUUACUUUUCCUCCUUUUUGCGCGUUUCUCAGAGCGCACGAAGAAACGAGGAAGCGAGGAGACCGGCCAAACUGCCGCGAAUGAGUUUGGCUCUCGCGACUGCCAAACCAACCCUGUUCCUAUUCGACGUCGUUCGAGUACGUCCGAAUAUUCCGGGCCGUGUAUUAUCCUUCUUCCGGUUCCGGAAUCCUCGGAUCCUGCGACGACAAUGUCCGCUCGGCCGCUCGCUGCACUUUCUCGCUACGUAGACAAGCUGACAAGCUCGUGUUUUUCUCACCCCGAAUAAUGUCGAAAAAAAAAGAAACGAGAGAAAGAGAGAGAGAGAGAAAUUAACCCCUUGACGACUUUGUUUCCGCGCUGACAGAUCGGACGCGCUAUUUUUCACAAUGGAAAUUUAUUAAUCGUUCGAUAAUAUCAUUACGUUGAUAAUACAAUUAUCCCUCGACAUCUCGGAGAGUUUGAUGCUCCUUCUCUCUCCAAUAUAUAAUUGCGUUACUGUAUAAUUACAUUGGUGUUCAUUAAAGUAUGAAAAGAAUAACGCGCUAAUGGAUCCUCGUCGGGGGGUUAACGAUAUGACGAUAUACACCGGUCGACGCGAACAGGUCCUUGCUCAAGUAGCGAGAUGACGUCAUUUUGACGUUUAAUGACGUCAAUUUGCCACUCGGGUAUAUACUCAUCUUACGCAUGUAAAUUUGUUUGUCCACAAUAUUCUCGCAGGUAAUAUCGAAUUUCGACACGAUGCGCCGAUAUCGAUUGUCUAUAACGGGUCGCGUGAAUUGUUAAUACGCUGCAGUGGUUCUUCGGCUUUUUUUGGGUCGCGGUCCCUCUUUGAGAAACCGAGGGUUCUCACCCCGAUUCAAAACUUUCGAGCAAUUCCGUCGGAAAUCUGCAAUAAUCUGUCUCAUCCGAUGCCGCGUCGCUUCUUCAUCUAAUUGUAAGAGGAAAAAAUGGCGGAGGACCCGUUUGCGUCGCGACAGGAAGCGCGAGUCGGCCGUCAACGCACUAGUCAAAACGCACGCAGUUCCGGUCUCCGAGUUUCGCAGGAAGUAACGCGACGUGGAUACUGCCAUGAAAUAUAACGUUCAUUAAUAUCUCUCCGAACCGCGUGGGGAACUCCCACGCGCGUUUUCGGAAUUACAUUUAUACGUGUCCGGUGCACUCCGGGUGCACCAGGGUCCCCCGGUGCGAUUCGCCAUCGUUGUCGUCUCCGAAAGCGACGCGCUGCUUCCGGGAAUCUCCCCACGUAGCAAGCACGCGUCACUUUUGACGUCGAAUGACGGCAAAGUGACGUCAUUUUGCUACUUGGGUCCUGCCUUCCCGGAAGAAGGAGAGAAAAAGCGGCGGCGAGUGGUGACGGUGGAUUGUCAAACACGAAGAAAAAAGCUAAGUCGCACAAGAACCUACUUAAGUAAAAAAAAAAAUAAAUAUAUAUAUAUAUCGAAAGGAUAAUGAGAUGAUAUUUAUCUCUGUACGUCGCGCGGAGCCGCGACGGGCGAUGUAAACAUUCGAUGUAAAUUUUACGACGUAGCGAAGUAUGUAAAACUGUAAAUGAAUGUGUUUAAAUGUAAUAAUGUGCAGGGAGGGAAGCGAUGAGGGUGAGAUAUAUGUAGAUGAUGAUGAUAAUGAUGAUGAUGAUGAUGAUGAUGGCUGGCAGCGGCCAGCGGCGGAUAUACGGGAGGAUAAUUAGCGAUUAGGUGAAACGAAAGAGAGAGGGAGAUUAACGCUAAAUCGAAUUCUUCCGUAAAACUAAAAAUAACAUUCUAAUUAUACGUGCCAAACGAAGCUUUAAAAGAUUAUACCAAGAUUAUACGGCGAGAAAAGAUGGAUAGGCGGAAAGGAAGGAACGUCGUAUAGAGCGCAUUUUCGAGGCUACUUGAGAAACGAUACCGAAGUAUAGUUAAUAUAUAAAAAGAAGAUGAAAUAACAAAAUAAAACAAAUAAGAUAAGAGCACUGUGUCGACGAGCGAUACACGACUUUAUCGAAGAAGGCUCGUAAAGUAAUCAAAGUCAAUCGUACGCGCGCCGACAUGCCUAUAGUGACCAUCAAGACUGCGAGCUCUUCUCAUCUCGAUCAAUUUCGCAAUUAUUCCCUUUGAGGCUCCUGGAUCCUCGCCAUGUCAGAUUGUGACGUCAGAGGCGAAAAUUCUUAGAUGCUAUUUUUAAAUUGAAAAAUAUGUAUUUUGAUGAAUUUCUACUUCGGAUGACUUUAGCACGCUUUGAAAAAAUCUCAAAAACAAUUCUUUUCCCUUGACGAUUAAUCAACAACCGUAAAAUGAUCGUGAUAUUUAUAGAUUUUGUCACGCGAAAUGACUGCGCAUGUGCAAAAGUUAGACUCGUAUUACAGUCAUGUUACAGCUGUUGUUUGAUUGUAAAGCGAAGAGGAUCCCAAAUAGCAAGCGCACGUCAGUUUGCUACUUAAGAUAGUUUGAAGGUAUUUUAAGAGUGUACUGAAACUAUCUGAGAAGUGUUGUUUCAUCGAAAUGACAUCUAAGAAUUUUCAGUUUCUGACGUCACAAUUUUAACACGAUUGACGGGGAGCCAGGAGCCUUAAUUGUAUAUCGAAUAUAUAUUACAGAUUUUUUAAUUACAUUUUAUUGUAUACUCUCGUUAUUUCGCGCAAUUUGUUAUUUUUCACGAGUCAAACACGUGUUUUCGAUAAACGUCAAAACUAGUCAUAUACAUAUAUAUAUAUAUGUAUAUAUAUGGUGUGCGAAAAAUUGAUCGCCGUUUCGUGCAAAUGUCUCGAGAAUAUGGUCGCGCGAAAUGCGAAUCUGUGUGCCAAUCAUAUUUUCUCAUCUCAUCGACAAUUGUUUGCGUAUCCUUCGCUAUUUAUACGAAGCGAGAAACAUAUAUAUAUAUAUAUAAUAAUCGCUCCUGCUCAAGCGACGUUCCUAUGUACGCGUCGGCACGCGUGCGUUUGUACCUUUGUACAAAAUACCCACGCACACUAAACACGCAUUCUCUCGCGCGCGAUCAACAUUACACAUAUACACACGGUGCAGUGUCGCGAAAAAGUACUCGUGAGGGGGAUACGCGAAACGUGUUGUUGGAAAAUCUCUCCAUGCGUAUAAAUGUAUAUAAUGCGAGAGAGAUUUUACGAUACCACCCGGUAUAUAAAUAUAUAUAUAUAUAUAUAUAUAUAUAUAUAUAUAUAUAUAUAUAUAAUGCGUAUCUCGGAUGCGAGGAUGGAUGACUCGAUGAUGUAAUUUACAUCUGGUAUAUAAUGUUAACGUUAAUCACGAAUAAACCUAGGUACAUCGGGAUUGUGGACGCGAGAUAUGACACGGUUACGUGUGUCGCCAGUUACGUAAUUAAUCGAGUACGUAAUUAAUACCGACGUAUGAUUUCGAUUCAUUAUUCGAGUACUUUUGAUACGAGGAUUUGCGCUGAUCUCGAUUUAAAUAAAGGCCGAUUACGCGAGCGAUUGCACCGAUAAACUGUGCACGAUUUCUGGUUUUUCCUGUGUGCGCGACAACAGAAAAAAAGACGAACGACGUCAAAGUGUCUCUUAAUAAUUAUGACGAAUUUAAAAGCAUUUUCCUCUCAUAGAUGUUGACGAAAAAAAAGCAUGUGUAUAUCUGUAUAAUUUCUCGCGUUACCCGGCACUUUUUGAGUGAAGGAGGAGAAAAAAAGACGAGUAGCGAGAGUAGGUGAUUCGCGGUGAUAUUUUUUUACCUUUAUAGUUGAUUCUCCGCGCGCACGAUUCGAUCUCGAUCGUGUAAUUAAUGUAUAAAAAUUGCCUCCCGCGAAUCUAAAAGAAAACGCAAGAAACGAUAAAACACAACGCAACGUAAACGUGAGCGCGCGGAAACGAUAUUAUAUCGAAAUAGAUCGCAUAUUUUUUUGUUAGGCUUAUAUAACGCAUAUCUAAGAGCGCUGAAACGUCUACGACCUGAGGAAAAUCAUGGUAAUUCGAAGGGUUGUUGUAAUUCAUGUAUAGAAUUCGCGCGAGACAUUCAUAUACCUCCGACAUUUUAACGCAGUUUGAAUAAAACAAAUCGGAAUUUAGAUAGGAUCCAGGUAGUAAACGAAUAUGACGUCAUUUUGACAUUUAAUGACGUCAGUCGCUGCUACUUGGAGUUUUGGGAUUAUAUCAAGGAAAUCGUCGAUUAUAUACCUUUUUGGAGGAGUAUUAUUGUAAUCAAAUGGUUGAGAGAGAGAGAGAGAGAGAAUCUUAUCUAAAAAAUAGGAUUCAUUUUCCUUUUGCGCGCGGUACAAAUUACAUUAGAAUAUUUAUUACACAUUCCUCGGAAAGUAAUUGCUAAAGUGUAAGAUUAUUAAUAUGGCAAUUUUUAACAUGGCAAGAACUUAUUUUAACAAUGUUAAAUAAGGAGUGUGAGUAUAAAGUGUGUUAUAUCUUGUUACAUAAGAAUUCGCGUCCCUCGAGGAGUCAGAAACGACGUGACAGCUUGAGAGGAUACGUUCUAAAUACAGUCUGUCUUCUAUUGAGAAAUAAAAAUCCUCAAGUGUACAAAAAAAGCGAUCUAUGCUCUUGUAAAUUUUUCAAUUAUUCAUUUCAACAGCGGAGCAUAUCUUCAAAUUUUGGCCUUGCGGAAUUCAUUAAUUUCGAUAUUUAUCGUAAAAGAUCGCGUUAACAGAAAUGUUGAUAAUUGUUUAAUAAAAUAUAGCGCAGAACUGCUGGCGAAAAACCGCUACGCACUAAGUUACGAUGAUUAUAACUGCCUCUCUUCCUGAUUUCAAUUUGUAUUUCCGUAGUAUAUCACGUCGAGACAUAAUGUGACACGUUGCGCAAUGAAAGAAAAAAAAAGAAAACUUUCCUUCAUCGAAAAUGC